AAAACGAUUAACACUGCAAUACAAAUAGGCCAAAAAAAAAUUUUUUAUCACGACACAUGGCGUGAUGUUAUUAGUUAGACAGUUGUAGAUGAGCAUUCGCCGGAGAGGGCUGCAACGGCGAGCGUGCAACUAUAAAUCGCCCGUUCCAGCGAGUCAAGUGAGUCCAAACCAUUCCUCCAAAAAGAAAAAAGCAAAAACCGAGUCCAAAAACGCGAGCGAGAGCGAGAAGCUUCGAUUUAGGGUCUGAGAAAAUGGUGAACUACUUGUUGAUGAUCACUGCCGACCUCGAGAACCUGACCAAACUCGAGCCUCAAGGCGGCUGCGACGAUCCAAACUUCGCUUACUACUUCAAGUUGAAAUGCGAGAGAUGUGGAGAGGUGACCCAGAAAGAUACAUGUGUUAGUUUGAGCGAAACAGUUGCUCUGCCCAGGAGUACCACUAAUCUUGUUCAGAAGUGUAAGUUCUGUGGGAGAGAGGGCACUGUGUUGAUGGUCACUGGCCGUGGUCGUCCACUGACCCAGGCACUAAGUCAAUCAGGACAGUAUGCGCCCCUGAUGUUGUUUGACUGUAGGGGAUAUGAGCCCAUGGAAUUUGCAUUUGGCAGUGGUUGGAAAGUGGAAUCUAUUGAAGGGACUAAAUUUGAUGCUGUGGAUUUGUCGGGAGGGGAUUUCGCUGAGUAUGAUGAGAAGGGAGAGUGCCCAGUUAUGAUAUCUAAUCUUCGUUCUGUUUUCAACGUGGUGAAGUAGGUGGUGCCAUGGGUGUGUGUGCAAGCAUUUUCACUGGGUUAUACAAGAAAUGGGUACAGGAUAACUGCUUUUGUUCAAGUAGAUAACUUUGACAUCAUGGCAUAAUAAAAAAAUAAAUGUAGUUGGCUAUGUAAAUCUCUGUGGUCUGGCAUCUGGAAGUCUUAUAUAUACUAGUAACAACUUAGAGCAUACUGUUCAAAUACUUUCUAUGCAUUGUGAUUUUGAGGAACCCUCGGUUAUGUGGUAUUUUGUUCACUCGAAAUAUUAUUGGCACACAUAUUUGAUGCUGCACAAAUUGGAUGUACGACGUUUUCUGCA